CAUGCGCGGUGCCGAGCGGGACAGGACAGCAGCAGCGGCAGCGGCGGCGACGACGGUGGGAGCGGCGCAGCCUGACAGUGAACAACCGGCGGGGCCGCCACACACCGCAGCCUCGACGGCCUGAACCCGCUCCCAGGCCCAGGCUGCAGCUCCAUCUGCCCGCGGCUGGUGAAGCUUCUCUGGCGGACAGCUCCGAUCUGAGUGAGGGGUGAGGCCCCGGUCCACACCCCACCACUGGACACCAGCUGAAGGAGGCUCCGACCCAGCCGCACGGGGUACAGCCCGCGGGGGUUUGACGCACAGAAUCACGCCGCCCCGACCCACCGACCUCUCCUGUUGAACCAAAAAGUUUAAAGGCAGCAAAGGAAACUGUGCUGUGGGAUGUGAAGCUUUUCCAAUUGAUCAACUGACGACAAGCUCUUGGAAGAUUUUGAACUGCCAGUUCUGAUAUAUAGCUGAUCUGUGAGAAUAUUCCAAACACGAUCAUGUCGUACGACGAUUCAGUCAUGAUUGAGGCCCCCAGUGACAGCUUCUGGGAGGUUGGGAACUACAAGCGCUCCGUAAAGCGCAUUGAUGAUGGCCACAGACUCUGUAGUGAUCUAAUGAAUUGUGUCCAUGAGCGAGCGCGUAUAGAGAAGGGUUAUGCACAACAGCUUACAGAGUGGGCCAAGAGGUGGAAACAGCUGCUGGAGAAAGGUCCACAGUACGGGACUUUGGAAAAAGCAUGGAUAUCACUAAUGACGGAGGCUGAGAAAGUCAGUGAGCUGCAUCUGGAGGUCAAGAGUGCACUGAUGAAUGAAGAUUUUGAAAAAAUCAAGAACUGGCAGAAGGAGGCCUACCACAAGCAGAUGAUGGCAGGCUUCAAAGAAACUAAGGAGACCGAUGAUGGAUUCCGUAAAGCACAGAAGCCAUGGGCCAAAAAAUUGAAAGAGGUGGAAGUUGCCAAGAAAGCCUAUCAUGCAGCUUGUAAAGAGGAGAAAUUAGCAAUAUCCAGGGAAUCAAACAACCGGUCAGAAUCAAACACUAAUCCAGAACAACUGAAGAAACUGCAGGAUAAGGUUGAAAAAUCUAAACAGGAUGUUCAAAAGACAAAGGAAAAGUAUGAGAAAAGUCUAGACGAAUUAAAUAAAUGCACUCCGCAAUAUAUGGAAAAUAUGGAGCAAAUGUUUGAGCAAUGUCAACAUUUUGAAAACAAGCGGCUAGAUUUUUUUCAAGAAGUCCUCUUGGAAGUUAAGCAACAUCUUGACUUAUCUGCCACCAGCUAUAGCGCAAUAUAUCAAGAGUUGGAGCAUGUUAUUAAAACGGCAGAUCCUCAGGAAGACCUUAAAUGGUUCAGAUGUACAUAUGGUCCAGGAAUGCCUAUGAACUGGCCCCAGUUUGAGGAAUGGAGUGUGGACCUCAAUCGCACACUGAGCAGGAGGGAAAAACCUAAAAAGACUGCCGAUGGUGUGAUCUUGACAAGUGUCAAUCAGACAGGCGAACAGGUACCUCAGCCUGCAAAAUCCAGCAGUCUUAGUGUGCGGAGCACUACUAACUCGAUACGUUCCAGUUGUAACCCAUUUGAGGAGGAGGAGGAUGGAAAGUCUGUGGAUGACAAGGAGAACACAAUACCAAAAAAUGAUGAAAAGAACCCAAAUUACACCACGGAGUGGUCAGAUGAUGAAAGCAAUAAUCCAUUCAACAGCAAUGAAGCAAAUGGUGAUAAUCCGUUUGAAGAGAAUCAUUCAGCAGUGUUGGAAGUGAAAGUGCGUGCAUUGUACGACUAUGAGGGGCAGGAACACGACGAGCUGAGUUUCAAAGCAGGUGAUGAACUGACGAAGGUGGAAGAUGAAGAUGAACAGGGUUGGUGCAAGGGACGACUAGAGGGUGGUCAAGUUGGCCUGUACCCUGCCAAUUACGUCGAAGUCGUCCAGUGAUGCAGAACAUUCCACCACAGAUGCCACGAUCCUUUCACAUCUAAAAACACAGUUACAUCAACUUUAAAUAAAAUAUAUAGUGGAGUAGAGAAUGUACAAAUUCAUUAUAUUAAGCAUUAUUGCUUUGGAAACUGCUUGGCUUUGAGAAGAAAUCAAGUUUUUAUCAGUGAACAAAUGCGCAUUUUAGCAAGCUCUUGUCUCAUCUUCCGAAGUACAACUGAAGCUUCAUGGUAACUGUGACAUUGGUUUUAAAUGUUAACUCUUAGUCUAUGACAAUUUUAGUUUUCAAAGACACUGAUUGUAAAAAAAAAAUGAUUUUAAUGACUUGCCUUGUUUGACUGCUGAAUAUGAAUUUUAAAUGUCCGUCUUUGCUUCAUUGCAUCCUUAAGUAAUUCCCCUCAACUUUCAGUCUUUUGUUUCUGUUUUCUACUUUAUUUUUAAAAUUAAGGCUUCCACUAUUUUCUUCUUGGUUAUCUGAUUAUUUAAUUUAGUUGUAGUUCCUCCUUUGUAGAAAGUACACUUAUAUGCACGAGGUACAGUUGAUAAAGUGACCUUAAGCUCCAUUUUAAUGUCCUCCCAAUAGCGUAGAAAUAUUUAAUCAUUUAUACUUCUGUGCAAAACCAUGUACUUUAGUGUGCUUCCUGCACCAUGUAUUUUAGCACGUCAGUGAAACACUGGGAUGUGUUUUAAUUAAGUACUACUGCACUUGUGGCCUGUUACUUCAUGGGUGAUGUAUCAUAAUUGAUAUGGAUUAAUAGAAAAUAUAUUGUUAAACUUAAAGCAGUCCGCAUUGUGAAAAUUGUGGGUUGCAAUGUGGACUCGAGGCAGGGCUCCAUGACUUUUUGUAUGAUAUAAUGUUCAUUUGCUCCUAACCAAAGGAUUUGGAAGAGGAGCAGCCUGUUUAAUGGUGGAUGUAGAGAAUGUGUGCGAUGCUUCAUUUAUUUUCACUGUUACUACACUGUUCCGCAGAUCUCUCAGAUAAUUGGGGAGUUUUGAAAAUCUGCGUUAAGGUGCAGGCCUUGGAAUUCUCCUCUAAAGCAAAGACUGCAGGAUCCUUGUAAUAGUAAAAGUUCAACAUGAACAAAUAAGUGGGAAUUAUGAUGAAUGUUUUUGAAAUUUUGUUCUGUGAAUCCUUCCAACUAGUCUUCACUGCUAGAAUUAAACUAGAAAUUGUAUGUAAUAAUAACAAAUGUAGACUUAUGAUUUUUGAAUGUGAUUCUGGGCAAUCCCAAAGGAAUAUUAAAGCUCUACUAUUGUAGGUAAGUAGCUGUAUUGGGAUAGUUCAUCAAACUAAAUAGUUUGUAGUUUAAAAAUUGAGUUUCCUUAGUAUGCAUUUGACUGAUGAAAUGAAAUGAAUGCCUUGUAAUUUAAUGACCAAGUGUGCCUUAGAAAACUUUUCUCACAAAGUUUUCUGUCAAAUCUUUUGUCAGUGGGUUUAUUUAGUAUCGUUAUACACUGGUUCGAGGGUGAUACUUUUGAAAUUAAACCAGUCUUCAAUAUUUUGAAUUUCCGACGUGAGAUUACUUUUACAAAACUCAUUAUUUUGAUAACUUGUGUAGGUUUUGACUUGCUAAAGUUUAGUAUCACUUCCUGAUGUUCAUAGUAUUGGCAAAUCACUAUUUAAGUUUGUAAACGGACCAUUAAUUACAUGAAAAUCUUGUGAAGGAAACUAUUUUUAAGCUUUGAUACUUCAGCAGGUCUAUUUAAAGAAAUCUAUAGCAGGGACAUACUCUGCACAGGACUACUCUGGAAAACAGCGAAGACACGGAGAUGAUGAUAGAGCCAUCUGAUCAUAUGAACACAUGGACUAUGAGUAGGUCCAGCCCACAUGGCCCAUCUGAUAGCAAUCUCAGCUCUGAAAUUAAGACACCCCAUGGUACCUUUUUGAUUAUCAAGGAUCUGUCCACUUCUGCCUUAAAAAUGACCAAAGCCUCUGUUCUACCACCCUCAAAGAGUUGCCACAAUGAGGGGGAAAAAAACCUCAAUCUUAGACCUGCAAGCCUUUAUGUUUAUGCAGUGCCAUCCCCAAGUAUACUCUGGUCAUGAUCAAUAGUGAAAAAAAACUUGCCAGAGAACAGGUUAAACUCUGACCACCUAGUUCUACGUUUCCCCACAGGGGAAAAUAUCCUCUCUGCAUCGAUCCAUUGGGGACAUCUCAGGUUCUUGUAACGUCUUUCUGGAAGAAAAUGCUAUUUAAGAUAAUUGUAGUCUUUCUUUCCUGCCAGAUGUUAGCGUAUUGGGUAGCGUAAUUAAUUAAACAUGUAGCUCUGUAUGUUAGAGUUCUGAUUUUUUCCAUGCUGUUAAAACAAUGGACAAAGCACAUUACAAACUUUCAAUUGCUCUACUUUGUAUUAAACAGACAAUUUACAAAAGACAAAA